AUGGCUUCACAGCGGUCAAGCAGAGCACUGCGCCUGGCAUUGAGGCAGUUGAGCGGUCCUCGCGUGCAGCAGCGCACGUUCGUAUCGGCGGUGAACGCAGCAAGCAGACCGGCUGUGAAGCAGGCAGCUGUCUCCUCCUUUGUACAGCAGACAAGAGGAGCAAAGACCGUCGACUUUGCUGGUGACAAGGAGAAGGUCUAUGAGCGUGAUGACUGGCCUCGCGACAAGCUCCUCGACUACUUCAAAGAUGACACUCUUGCGCUGAUCGGUUACGGCUCGCAAGGUCACGGCCAAGGUCUGAAUCUUCGCGACAACGGUCUCAAUGUCAUUGUUGGCGUGCGCAAGAACGGCGCAAGCUGGAAAGAAGCCGUGCAAGAUGGCUGGGUGCCAGGCACGAACCUCUUCGACGUUGACGAGGCUAUCAAGAAGGGCACGAUCGUCAUGAACCUGCUCAGCGACGCUGCGCAGAGCGAGACGUGGCCGCACAUCAAGCCUAUGCUUACCAAGGGCAAGACUCUCUAUUUCUCCCACGGCUUCUCCCCUGUCUUCAAGGACCAGACGAAGGUCGAGGUGCCAAGCGAUAUCGAUGUAAUCCUCGUGGCGCCCAAAGGCUCAGGCCGCACAGUUCGCACCCUCUUCCGCGAAGGCCGCGGCAUCAACAGCUCCUUUGCCGUCUUCCAAGACGUCACUGGCAAGGCCGAGGAGAAGGCUGUCGCAAUGGGCGUCGCGAUUGGUUCCGGCUACCUGUACAAGACUACCUUCGAGAAGGAAGUCUACUCCGACCUGUACGGCGAGCGCGGCUGCCUGAUGGGCGGCAUUCACGGCAUGUUCCUCGCUCAGUACGAAGUGCUGCGCGAGCGGGGUCAUUCGCCGUCAGAAGCCUUCAACGAGACUGUGGAAGAGGCCACGCAAUCUCUUUACCCGCUCAUUGGCCAGAAUGGCAUGGACUACAUGUACGCGGCAUGCUCCACGACUGCCCGUCGCGGUGCGAUCGACUGGAGUAAGCGCUUCAAGGAGACGCUCAAGCCAGUGUUCGAGGAGUUGUACGAGAGUGUGAAGACGGGUAAGGAGACGCAGCGCACUAUGGAGUACGCCGGCCGUAAGGACUACCGCGAGGCGUUUGAGAAGGAGAUGGAGGAGAUCAGGAAUAUGGAGAUCUGGCGGGCUGGCAAGGCUGUAAGGAGCCUGAGGCCGGAGAAUGUGUAGU